UCAUUUAACCAUUCAAGUUCACUAACGAAAUCAAAAGACGCAAUACCGGUGUUUUGGGACAGCUAAUAUAAUUCAAAAUUAUUUUACAUUAUUAUGAUGUUGCCAAUCCUCAUAUCAUUCUGGAUCCUUUAUGUACGGUUGUGUCUUUGUUUUUCUGAAGCUGGCAAUAAUAGGAUAUACAAUGUGGUCGACGGUGGUGGUUCAAUGCAUCAUCAAAACUGGAAGCGUCAUAUAAUGAUGGACUCCAAUGGCUUAUAUUGGCUUCAAUGGUGGAUAAAUCUCAACGAGAAAACUAUUAGCUUUGAAGUUAAUGUUAACACGCGUGGUUUUAUUGGACUCGGGUUCUCAAAAGAUGGUCGUAUGUCAUCUGCGGACAUUGUGCUGUUGUGGGUUGAUGAUGUCACAGGCCUGGCAAAUGCAUUAGACUGUCAUGGAUCGAAAAAUUCUCCAAACGGGGCUCCAGUACAAGACGAUACACAAAACUACAACGUCGUCAGUGGUUAUCAAAAUGAUACACAUACUAAUGUUCGAUUCACUCGUAAAAUAGACACAUGCGAUCCAUAUGAUAUGCCAUUAACCAGGGAUACUUUAAAAGUUCUUUGGUCCUUUGGUGAUACUGACCCCGUUUAUGGCAGCUUAAAAGGACACGGUCGAAAUCGAGGCGAAAAAUCAUUGCACUUACUUUCCCCGAUGUUCCAAAAAAAUAGUGUACAUACAUACGGAGCAACAACUGAAAGCUCAGCGGUCAACAAAUGGGACGUAACAGUAAAUAAUGUAACGAUCGAACGAUCAAUGCACACUCUAUAUUGGUGUAAAAUAGUGCGCCUCCCUAAGCUAAUUGAAAAACAACAUAUUAUUGGUUUUGAAGCCCUCUUGUCUCGAUCUGGGGGAACGCAUACAAAUAUUGUUCAUCAGAUGACACUAUUUGAAUGUCAAACGAAAUUCUAUCCUGGAUCGGAUCCGGCCUCGUGGGACGUUUGGGUGAGAAGUUCUGGUACAGUGUGCAACAGUAAUCUAUUGACACCACGCGAUUGGGAUUCUUGCUCGGCGCCAGUUGCAGUUUGGUCUACUGGGUCCACAGGACAGUUUUUACCUUCUCACGUCGGCAUACCAAUGGGAGGCUCAUUGGGAGUAAAGUACUACAUGCUAGAAAUACAUUAUGACAAUCCUUAUGGAAAAAAAUCCGUAGAUAAUUCCGGGUUUCGUAUACAUUAUACGCACCAUCUGCGACCCAACGAUGCGGGGAUAAUGAUCAGUGGCAUUUCCAUAUCCGACACUCAACUCAUUGCACCUGGACAGAAAUUAUAUCGCAGUGUUGGAAUUUGUGGACCUUCAUGUUCUAGCGUGAUGUUUCCUAAGAAUGGAAUUAAAAUUAUAUCUGGAAUGAUUCAUGCGCAUCAGGCCGGUCGGAAAAUGAGCCUCCGUCAUGUUCGGAAUGGCAAAGAAUUAAGCCGCAUUAUAGAGGAUGAAAACUUCGAUUACAGAUAUCAGCAAGUUCAUCAACUUGCCAAUGAAACAAUCGUACUGCCUGGAGACUACAUUAUCACGGACUGUGCUUAUGAGACAAUCGAGCGGAAACGGCCCACCUUUGGAGGUUAUUCCACCAAACAAGAAAUGUGUCUUUCCUUCAUUACUUAUUAUCCGAAGAUUGAGUUGGCUGGUUGUUACAGUAUGACGCCAGUUCAAGAAUUUUUCGCGAUGUUUGGUGUUUCCCAGUUCUUUUCUUUAAACAUGACGGAUGUUGAAAAUUUAUUUCUUUACAACGGAAAUCUCUUAGAUUAUAUUCCCGAAAGAGCAACUUCGAAAGCCAGGAAAAAUCACUUAAAUAUGACAGUUGAGGAUCUCUUGUACGAAGAGUCUUUGUUAAACAAACUGGUUAUAUCUGAUCCUGUGGAGUUGCAUGAUCGCACAUUUCUGUACCAUUUAAAUCAAUUACCAUGGUCUGAGCCACUUUUUACUAAACGCGUCGAACAAGAACUUAUAACUGGUAAACAUAUGACCUUUUGUCGUGUUUCUAACGAUUCCAUAUCAAUUCCACCGGAGAUUAUCAUUUUUCCCAACUUUACUACAUUUGUUAAGCCAGCUAGAACUUGUCUAAAUCACCUAUAUAUAAAUAGCGCUGAACUAAGUUCCAACGGCCCCAGACUGCUUGCCGAUCUCACGUUAAGCCUUAUCCUAAUAGGAAUUGGAGUACGACACACGACUCUUAUUUAAGUUUAUACAAAAAUAGUAAUUGUAUACCUUUGAAGAGGGUAUUAUAACAUUUAUCACAGUCGAUCCUCUUAUACAAAACCAUCAAUGGUUUAAAAGUGAUUGAUUUUUCUGCAGAGAGAGUGGAGGGAGUUGUAUGAGAAUUUAGAGAGUGGUAGGGACAAAUUCUCUCAUAGGAAUACUAUGUGCUUGUAGAAUAGUCCCCAACUUCGAGUUAAUCAUAAUUGAAUAAAUUUUUACUAAUAAUCGAGUUAAAAGGUCCUGUCUUAGUUAGGCUAGAUUUAAUAUUUAAAUAUAUUUAUUUAUCCAAAGAAUUGAAAGCAUGCUAUACCUUAGUAAAAUUUUAUAUUUAUUUAAAGUAGUAAGCAUUUUUUUCCCAUAUGUAGUAUUUAUAAAUUACACUACUCGACAAAACUGAACUUUCUUUUGCUCAAG